CUCCAGCCGCUUUUGCGGGGGCGAAAGGAACAUGGUGGCUGCUUCCUCUCUUCCCAAUAACAGCGACGGUUCGGGUUGCUCUUGAGGGGCGGGACAGGGGCAAAGCAGUCGCCGGAGCAGCCAGGCCGCAGGGCGUCUCUGCGCUUACGGGAGGAGAGGGAGCGCCGCGUUUGGUGCCGCCGCCGCCGCAGGAAUCCCAGGCACAACUAUGAUAGAGGAUAAAGGGCCAAGAGUGGUCGACUACUUCGUAGUGGCAGGACUCACUGAUACAUCAACACUUCUAGAUCAAGAAGUAAAUCGCUCUGAAACGAAGUCUGUUGGUCCAAAGGCUCCAAUCACAGAUCUUGCUAUCAUCAUCAAAUCAGCGGGUGAAACUGUUCCUGAGGGAUACACCUGUGUUGAAGCAACCCCUACAGCACUUCAGGCCAACUUGAACUAUGGGAGUCUAAAAAGUCCGGAGCUUUUUCUUUGCUACAAGAGGAGCAGGGACAAGCCACCUCUUACUGAUGUUGGAAUUUUAUAUGAAGGGAAGGAACGAUUAAUGCCAGGCUGUGAGGUGAUUCAGGCUACUCCCUAUGGUCGCUGUGCUAAUGUCAAUAACAGUUCAGCCACUUCCCAGCGAAUCUUCAUCACCUAUCGGAGGGCUCUUCCAGUGCGACCCCAAAACUCCUUGGCUGUUACCGACAUAUGUGUUAUUGUAACCAGUAAAGGAGAAACCCCUCCUCAUACUUUCUGCAAAGUCGAUAAGAAUUUAAAUUGUGGCAUGUGGGGUUCCAGUGUAUACCUGUGUUAUAAGAAGUCUGUUCCAGCUUCUAACUCAAUUGCAUAUAAGGCUGGCUUAAUAUUUAGAUAUCCAGAAGAUGAUUAUGAGUCAUUCCCCUUGUCAGAAUCCGUACCUCUGUUCUGUCUUCCAAUGGGAGCUACAAUUGAAUGCUGGGACCCUCAAACCAAAUACCCACUCCCUGUGUUCUCAACAUUUGUUUUGACUGCUUCAUCUGCAGAAAAGGUAUAUGGUGCCGCUAUCCAGUUUUAUGAGCCUUAUUCACAAGAGCUGCUAACGGAAAAGCAGCACAUGCAGCUGGGUCUCCUGACAGCUGUGGAGAGAAAAGUAGUUACUUCCAAAUCGAUAAAUUCCAACAAAUGCAUCUGCCUUCUGUCACACUGGCCUUUCUUUGAUGCCUUCCGAAAAUUCCUAAUGUUCAUCUACAAACUGUCUGUGUCUGGACCGCAUCCUCUUCCAAUUGAAAAGCACAUAUCCCACUUUAUGCAUAACAUCCCGUUCCCCUCUCCUCAAAGACCAAGAAUCCUUGUGCAGCUUUCUGCACAUGAUGCAUUAAUACUGUCUCAACCAGUUUCUACACCCUUGCCACUCAGUGGUGCAAACUUCAGCACUCUGUUAAUGAAUCUUGGACCAGAAAACUGUGCUACUUUACUCCUGUUCGUGUUGCAGGAAGGCAAGAUCCUGCUACACUCUCUCCGACCAGCUGUGUUGACUGGAGUAGCUGAAGCAGUGGCAGCUAUGAUCUUUCCAUUUCAGUGGCAGUGUCCUUACAUCCCCCUCUGUCCUUUGUCUCUGGCAACGGUGCUCAGUGCUCCUGUCCCAUUUAUAGUUGGAGUUGACUCACGGUACUUUGAUCUGUAUGACCCACCACAGGAUGUUGUUUGCAUUGACUUAGACACAAACAUGGUGUACAUAUCAGAUGAUAAGAAGAGCAUGAACUGGAAGCAGCUUCCAAAGAAGCCAUGCAAAAGCCUUCUCAGCACCUUAAAGAAACUGCAUCCACAGCUGGCAUUAGUUCACAGAAAGACCCAAGAAGGCUUGGCAGUUGAGAUGACACCUAUAGAGGCAGACUUCUCCUGGCAGAAAAAGAUGACACAAUUUGAAAUGGAGAUACAGGAAGCUUUUCUACGUUUCAUGGCAUCUAUUUUAAAAGGUUACAGAACAUUUCUUAAACCAAUUACACAGGCGCCUUCAAAUAAAGCUACUGCAGCAGAUUCCUUGUUUGAUCUUCAAGGAUUUUUAAAAAGUCGAGACCGUGCCUACACAAAAUUCUACACAGUUUUAACAAGAACACAGAUAUUUAGCCGUUUCAUUGAAGAAUGCAGUUUUGUGAGUGAUAAAGAUACCGGAUUGGCAUUUUUUGAUGACUGUGUGGAGAAGCUUUUUCCUGAAAAAGGAUCAGAAAAAGGAGAUAAGGUUGAUACAGACUCUACUGAGGAUACCCGGUUGAUUGAGCUUGAUGAGUCACAGAAGAGUGAACACACAGUGUUUAUAAUGCCACCAGAGCCUCCCCCUGAUGAUGGACAGGAGAGGCUACCAAAGUACAGCUAUAAAAUCUUCCCUAGGCUAGAGUUAAAACUCUUUGACAGACCACAGGAGUUCAAGCUUUCAUUCAAGAGGCACCCAGCUGGAGGCAACAUUUCAAAUAGUCCAGCGCUCAUGGCAAAGAGGACAAAACAGGAGAUUAAAGCUGCCCAUAAACUAGCCAAGAAAUACUACACAAGUCCUCCACAAUGGGCCAAAUACCUCUUCAGUCAUUGUUACAGCUUAUGGUUCAUUUGUCUCCCAGCCUAUGUUAGAGUUACCCAUCCCAAGGUCAGAGCCCUACAGCAAGCAUAUGAUGUUCUUAUCAAAAUGAAGAAAACUGACGUGGAGCCGCUAGAUGAAGUUUGCUACAGAGUUGUAAUGCUGCUUUGUGGACUUUGGGGGCAUCCUGUUCUGGCUGUGAGGGUCCUCUUUGAAAUGAAAAAUGCUGGCAUACAACCAAAUGCGAUCACUUAUGGUUACUACAACAAGGCAGUUUUGGAGAGCCCAUGGCCCAGCAGUAAUCGCAGUGGUGUAUUCCUCUGGACAAAAUUACGGAAUGUGGUAUACAGCAUGGCACAAUUUAGGCAAUGUCUCAGAAAGUCUACACGCACUCCACAGGUCAUUUCAGUUCCAGCUCCUCGGAUGGUCACGGGUGGAAGUGAUGGGGACACGGUGAGCCAUGGUAGUGUGGAUAGUUCUAAUGAUGCUAACAGUGGGGAGCACACACUCUUCGUCAGAGACUUAGUCAGACUUGAUUCCAUUGGUAAUCACUCUAGCACAGGUGGUCAGUCCGAUCAAGGCUAUGGUUCUAAAGAUGAACUUAUAAAGGACGAUGGAGACAGUCUUCAUACAACAGAUAUGCUUGUAGAAAAAGAGCUUGUUACUAAAGAUGAAGGCAUAAUUGGAGAAUUUUGUGGUACUGGUGAGCCUGUUGAAAAACAUCCUCCUAAUGCAGAAUCCCACAGCCCAGUGGAAGUGCCUCUUCAUCCUGUAAGCAGCAUCGUGAAGGUUCCUUCUGGUAUAUUUGGUAGUACUCGCAGGAAGAGCAGUGGUGGAACUGCAUCCAGCCCACUGUUCAUAGCUCAGGAUUCAGUUGAUGAUACAGCAUUUGAUUACAAUACUUCUCCUAAUAGAACAAGCGAAAAAGGGAAGAAAAGACAGAAGCUUUUUUCAGAAAGGAGCUGCAGCUUUAGUACUGAAAGUAGAGCAGGCAUGUUGCUGAAGAAAAGCAGCUUGGAUUCUAAUUCCAGUGAGCUAGCAAUAAUGAUGGGAGCAGAUGCAAAGAUCCUCACUGCAGCUCUGUCUGUGGCCAAAACAUCACCACCCCAUAUCAGUAAAUCCCAAAGCUUUGGCAAUGCUGGUGGUGUACACUUUUUCUGUGGUGCAGAUACUGCUAGAACCCAUCUCAAUGAAAAUACUCUGGAAGCAGAUUCUAGGUCAUCACCUGUUCUGGAGGAGCCUGAAGAAGGGCUGGAACAGCUCAAAAAUGGACACGUUGACAGUGCAGCCAAAGCAGAGAGCAUUAACCCCAAAGCUCUUGAUUCUACUCAGUCCCAGACUGAGCAAAUGGAAUCCAAAGAGGCAGAGAAUAAGAGAAAUAGUUUCUAUGGUGUGGCCAAGCCUGUUGAAAGGGAAGAUGUUCAAGUGGGCUUGGACCCUUUAUCUUUACUGGCGACAGAGACAAUAGAGCCAAAGCCCUCUGAACCAGAAGAAAAGAUGAUAUCGCCAGUUGUAGCACGCAAUCUGGCAGAUGAAAUUGAAAGCUACAUGAAUCUGAAAAGUCCCCUGGGCAGCAAAUCUUCCAGCAUGGAACUCCACAGGAAAGAGAGCAGCCAAGAGGAAGCCUCCCCUAGUUCAUUAGUCCCCUCUCUGGAGAGGCGGUCAAGCUUGCCUUCUGAUUCCAUACCACCACCCCAGGUUCAGAAUGCCAGUCGGAAAAGUCCAUCUGUUUCCAGAUCCAAAACCUUUACUGGAAGGCCAAAGCAACUGGCUCUUUCACGAUCCCAGAAAGAACGGUCUACGUCUUUAACGGGAUUGGGUCGUUCUUCGCCGCAGGCUUCACUGGGGGCAGUAGUUACGACGCUAUCGGGUCUAAAGCUAGACCACAUAUUAUCUGGACCUAAGAUAGAUGUCUUGAAGUCUGGCAUGAAACAAGCAGCUAAUGUAGCCAGCAAGGUGUGGGGAGCUGUGUCCUCAGCAUAUAGCUAUUCAGAUGAUGAGGAAGAAAGCAGUCGACCUGAUUUUACCUUUCCAGCUGGUUUUGAAGAUCAUAUUUUAGGAGUCUGUCAAUCGCCAAAAAUAGGAAUCACCAGUGAACUUGCACAGAGUACAACCAGUCUUGGAAGCAGCAGCAGCAGUGGAGACGCAGGGAAGCAACAUUAUCAAACAGGUGAAGUCCAAUUCCCAAGAAGUAUGAAGGGUAUGAUGGAUUCUGAUAAGUCUGAGCAUGGCUCUUCAUACAAUACUAGUUUGUCCAGCAUCUUCCAAAACUGUGCAAUGGAGGUCUUAAUGUCAAGUUGUUCUCAGUGUCGAGUAUGUGGAGCACUGGUUUAUGAUGAAGAAAUCAUGGCAGGAUGGACUGCAGAUGACUCAAAUUUGAACACUACAUGCCCAUUUUGCAAAAACACUUUCUUACCUCUUCUUAACGUGGAGUUUAAAGACCUGCGUGGUCUUUCAAGCUUGCUUUUGAAACCAAGUACCUCUGGUGAUAGUUUGCACAGCAGUAACAUUCCAUUAACCACUGAUUCCCUGGAACAGAAGCCUGUUUCCACUCCUGCCACUGAUUUGAUCAGCUUUUCAGAUCCCUCAAAUACCAGCCAGACCAUCACCGAAGAAAGCAGCACCACAGCAACGCAAAGCAUUGGCAUAGCAGAAGGGGACAAGGACACCAAACCCACAAGGCCAUCUGUUACAAGUAACUCAUCAAAACGAGGAACUUCUCUAACUCGGAGCCACAGUGUUGGUGGCCCCCUUCAAAAUAUUGAUCUCCUGCAGAGGCCAUCACAUGGUAUUUCAACAGUCAGCCUUCCUAAUAGUUUGCAGGAGGCAGUGGAUCCCUUAACAAAAAGGGGUAAUCCUUUACCUGUGUCCGUGCCUUAUUUGAGCCCUUUGGUACUCCGGAAAGAGUUAGAAUCUUUGUUGGAGAACGAGGGAGAACAAGUGAUACACACCUCAACAUUCAUCAAUCAACAUCCCAUUAUUUUCUGGAAUCUUGUGUGGUAUUUCCGGCGUCUGGACCUCCCAAGUAACUUGCCAGGACUCAUUCUAACAUCAGAACACUGUAAUGAGGGUGUGCAGCUUCCUCUGUCAAAUUUGUCUCAAGACAGCAAGCUAGUGUAUAUCCAGCUCCUGUGGGAUAACAUUAACCUUCAUCAAGAGCCUGGGGAGCCUCUGUAUAUUUCAUGGAGAAAUUUCAAUUCUACAGAGAAGAAACCCUCAGUAAAUUCAGAAGAGCAACAAGCAAUAAGCACUUUAGUUGAGAAUAUCAAAUUGAAUAUUCAACACAAUGAUGUUAUUAAACCUAUCAACCUCCUUGUGCAGAACAUUAAACAGGAUGAAAAACGUCAAAGGAGUUUUUACAGAGAAAUCCUUUUCCUGUCCCUGGUUUCCCUUGGGAGAGAGAAUAUUGAUAUCGAGGCCUUUGACAACGAAUACAGAGUUGCGUAUAAAAGCCUUCCAGCAGAGGUGCUGGAAAAGAUGCAGAAGAUAGAUACUCCACCCAGCGGCAAUGUUGAGUGGUGCAGGAAAUGCUUUGGAGCACCUGUCAUAUAAACUCCACAACGUAGAAGGCCCACAAACCAAAAGCAGAGGAUUGGGGCAAAACUGGACAUGUAUUGAUUUAGACUUGGCUUCACAACCCCAGUGAAAGCUGCUGUGCUCAAUCCAGUUCAGGAGCACUCUUUUAUAUGACAGUUUGAUAUUCAUACCAGCCCAUGAAUUAAGAGCAAAUAUGCUAGUACAAAGAAUCUUUGGCUUUUAAACUGACUGAUAACCUUCACCUAUCUUCUGCCUAUUUAACCCUUCUCUGCCUCAUGUAUAGAAGAGAAUAAUGACAUUAGAGACUAGCAUCUAUUUGACGUCUUUCAUUUGAAUACUUGAAAUGUUGGAAUAUUUUCUGUAAUCUGCCUUCAAGCCCAAGAGCACAUUAAAUUAACUUCUGUAUGUAUGGAACAGGCCCAGUUUAAAGAGGGGUCUAUUUGCUGCAUGAAAAUGUACAUACAUAUUGUACAUUUGAAUAAUGAAUUGCAGUUCUUUUUGCUUGGGUCAAAAGACCAAAUUGUAGCUUAAGUAAAUACCCAUCUACUUGGAAACAAUCACUGUCCUGGUCAAUUGCAAAAAAUAUAGCCAUGGUUUUGGCUGUUGUAAAGCUUAAUAGUUUCUCUUUUCAUAUUAUAUUACUUUAAAUUUUAAAAUGUACAUACAAUGUUCUCUUGUCCCAAACAAUGAUGGGUUUCUACCCUGAGUGGCUGUAAAGCACUUGCCUUUUUGUAAAGGAAAAGUGGGAAGUAAAAGAAUCUAGGGUACAUAAAAGGGUGUGAAAUAUUGACCAUAUACAUUUUUAGCAUUUGUGUAAAUGAAAGUAUAAAUAUAGAUAUAUACAUAUAGAUAUAGAUAUAUAUUUGGGGCAAAGCUUGAUGCUUCAGGUGCACUAAUGCCUCAUUCCUGCUCAUCUUUCUACCCUGUGGGACGUUUUUUGCACUGUCCAAGUUGAAUUUGUACUCACACACUUGAAGAUACACUUGCUGAGAGUGGAAAGACUAUUUUUUAAUGUUCUUAAAAAUGUAAUAUCCCAGGGUUAAAUGCCACUUUGACUUCAGGUGUGUACUCACACCUUACCUUUCUGCCAAUUCAUGGCAGUUAAGAGAGAUGAUAGUUGUCCUGCUUUGAAUGGUUGUCCUGCUUCCAUUCAAAGGAUGGAAUAAAACCUGGGCAUGUUCGUUGAUUACUUUGUGAAGCAAGUCUAGGAGGAGGAAUUUUUAGAUAAUGAUUGAAACUGCAGACCUAUUCUCAGUCAUGAAUGCAUUCUGCCCCCAGUAAUCUUUCACACUUCUCUAGUGCUAGUAAAUAAAUACCUAGUGCAAAGCUUGGCAGGACUGUAAACAUUCUGGAACUAGCAAAGUGUUUCAAUAAAAGCAAUGAGAAUUUUGCACUUGUCAGAACAGUUUGGCACUUCAAGUUCAACUGUCUUUUACUGUUCCAUGCUAAGCCACAUUUCAAAAUACAUUUGUUUGGGAUUUGGUUUUUAAUCUGGAAGCUGUGCCCUUAAAAAGCAGUCUGAAAACAAAGUCUCCAUUAUAUCAUUUCCAUACACACCUUUUUCUGAAACUGUAGGGGGACUAGUGUCUUAACUUGCCUAUGGAAUUAGUUGGUAUUUUAUUUUUGUCUCCUAUGUUUCUUCCCCAAAUACAAUGAACUUUUCAUCUACAAAUGAUUUUUGUUAAUAAAAACCCUUAUGAAACACAUUUCUGUGUGUUCAUAUUUCCAUUCUGACAGCAAUUGAUAUGAUAAAUAUAAGCAACAAAAAACAUUGCACUUGAAUUCUUCCUGUUUUUCCUGUAUUUUGUGAAUACAGCUUCUUACCAUGUCCCUUUUGCUGUUUCUAAAUGAUGGCUUAUGAGUAUCAACAGAAAUUUGGGUUAUUGAUACUGCGCAGAAAAAAGUUUCAUCCCUAACUAGUUGCAGUUCUUUUGGCCAUUCUGUAACAAAUAGCAUUUCAGAAAACAUAAGUCAAAAUUUAAAACCACUGGGCUAGUUUGCACGAUCACCAUGGGUUAAACAAGCCAACAACAGCCCAUUGGUUAAUUGAGGAUAGUUUCCCCCUCAACAAACCAUGCCACCCGAAUUCGGACAACACAACAAGCCGUACCUGACAUGCUUGUUUAACCUACUGUGAUCAUCCAAAUCAGGUCACUGUCUUUUAUUUUUCAGCUUUGAGCAGUUGAAGUGCAGUUGUGCUUUAAUGCAGAUCAAGGGCUGGGUUCUUGCAUUACUCUAACUGUGCUGAGAAACCAGUUUCCCAAGAGUUGGUUGGCAAGGUGAGGAGCUGUGGCAUGGAAUCCUCUUGUGUGGCCCAUGAGCACAGCAGCACAGUAAGAACAAGCGCCAGAUUAACACAAGUACCAAGCCCAAUUCUACAAAUGCCACAUUUUGGGCCCAUACCAAAGCUGAUGUUGUAGGGUUUUUUUAAUGUAUUGCCUCAUGCCUUUUACACUUUUUAUACUUAAAAACUGAAUGUUGCUUUCAUAUAUUUAUCUCAGCAACAUUUUUACUAGGAGCUGAAGAUGUCAGAUCCAACUACAAUAGCAUUUAGACUUGUAUCCACAUAUUAACAGGAAUGUCUAAAUAUGUGUUUCAACUGUGCCCCCCCCCCCUCCGUUUCCAUUUCACAUUUCUAGAAAAUGAAACUGUUUAUGGUUUUGCAUGUAAACUAGAAGCCAGACGUACAGAUUAUACCUAUGCAGAUUCUGGAACCUCAUGAUAUAGUUCAUAAUGUGGUUAAUAUUUAGUAUUUUAGCCUGAAAUCAAUUUAGCUUAAGCUUUUGUUUUUAAAAUGUGAAUUGUCAAUUCACCUUUUGCUAACAUAAUUGCAGGUGAACACUUUAGUAAACCUUAAAUCCAUCAAAGCAACUGACAAAUGAGAGUUAAAGGAAAUAACAUGCAUUUGUUCAAGCAAAGUGAAUUAUAUGUGGCAGCUUGAACAAGAAAGUAGAAAAUCUUCAGGAACGCCAGGCUUUUGCAAAGUUGUAUCAAUCCUAUGCAUGUUUACUCAGAAGUAAAUCCCCCUGAAUCCAAUGGUAUUUAAGUCCGUGUGCCUAGGAAAGCAGCCUUAUAUGUAAUCCUAUGUAUUUCUACCCAAAAGCAAGUUCCACUGCAUUUAAUGGGACUUAAUCCCAGGUAAGUAUGUAUAACAGGGUGGGGCCCCCAGGUGCUGUUACGACUCUAGCUUCCAACAGUCAGUCAGCAUGGCCAAGAAUGAUAGAAUUGAGAUUCAACAUCUGGCAGGUCACUGGCUCCCCAUCCCUGAUGUCUAGGAUUGCAGCCUAAUCAGCAAAGCAAGUGCUAUGUAAAAAUUCGCAUUGGGGAAAAGAAAAAAAGCUAUCUCACUAAUGCUCAAACUUUAUUCUGUUAAACAUCUGCACUGACAAUGCAGAACUUAACAUUGUUUUUGGAUUUUAAGGGAGAAAGAUGUUUUGAAAGUACAUUUCUAAGUAAUAUAUUUGCAAUACAUGUCAUUACUGUUAAGUCAGUCUGGAAAGCCUAUAGUAGCACAUAAGUUAUAAUUCAAGAACAGUAUAGUCUUGUCUCUUUUUUUAUAGAACAUGAAUUAACAUAGCUAUUUUAUUUCCAUUUUAAAAAAAUUAGCUAUAGAAACAAAUCAAAUGUAGGACUUUAAAUUCAUUGUGCAGAUGUCCAGACCAAGUAGAAAGUUGUAUAUCUGUCUUCAAAUUAAAUUGUGUACGUGAUACUCUAAUAUAGAUAUCUGUAAAACUUGUAUUAAAUGCUUAUACUUGGUUUGGUGAGAAACUAAUAAGGAAGAUUGCAUGUGUAACCCUUGGCCACUAAUCUUUUUUAUUUCUUCAGUGCAAAAAUUAAGUGUAAGAAAACUGCUUUUCAAACCUGUGGCAACAUUGUUUUAAGACAAACUCAAGAGUUAAAACAGAAAUUUUAAGUUGAUGCAGUUCUGAUCCUAUUCUGCUAUGCAUUCAUUGUACUGCAUAUUAAAAAAUUAAAUUGUAAGAGAUCUAGAAUCAUCUUGCAUUAUCAAUGGUGCAAGUAUGAAAGGGAUUGUUUUGUCUUUUUUUACCAUAAAAUGCAACCGGAGCUCCUUUUGGGAGUUUAAAUUGUAUAUUUUCAAUAUGGGGGAAAGGACUUAAUAAAAUGAUUAAGCAAAGUUUUCUAUUACUAAUGCAAUAAAUAUUGUACUGGUUUCAGUUAUUUGAAUUAUUCAAAUAUGGCAUCAAUUCUCUAUGCUUGCUUUAUUUAACCGGUAUCAAAUAUUUUUUGUAGAGAUGUUUAAAAGGGCACUCAUGUUUUCUAUUGACUUUUGUAUAGGUACCCUAGGUGAUUUAGAAACCACUUGGCAAUGUUAUCUUAAAAAUAAAAGUGUACAAAUAUCAA